AUGACCAACCAAUCGAGGAUAUCUGGGUUCAGAGAAGCAGUUUCUCCUUACGAUGAAUACCACCAUUUCUCGCUUUCAUCGACAUCAUCAAAUCAACCGCCCUCAUACCAGCAAUGGCCAGAACCCGAACACAAUGUCUCGCCUCAGGAACCCGUCGACAUGAACUUUGGCAGCAAAUACGAAUCGAUGGGUGAAGUUAGUGUCUCGCCAGGUCUUGAGACAGUUUGGGCUGGCGAAGGUGAUAAGGAAGUCGUGAUGGGGACGGGGCCACCGAUGGCAAUACCUACUUCAGCGGGACCACCUGAGAAGAAGUCGGCACGAGUUUGUGGCCUAAGGCGUAGGCUUUUCUGGAUUUUACUUUUGACUGCUCUCCCACUAGCAAUUGGGCUCGGUGUCGGCCUGGGUGUGGGACUGGGCGUGGGACUCAGAACGAAACACAAAGACAACAAGCCAUCACCAGGAUCAGCCAAGUCUUCUGAUUACUACAUCGGUGGUGCACUCGAUCCGGCCUACUUCUCGAAGGAAGGUGCGUUCAAUGGCAGCGGUCUGGCACUAGCUUCUCAGUCUUUCGGCUCGGGAGAGUACGGCGAUCUCGUUCUUUAUUUCCAGCAUCACACCGGAUCGAUCAGGUGGCAAAGAAAAGUAGAUACUGGUAAUGGCUGGAUUGGAGGAACUGCAUCCGAAGUUGUAGCGACCGAUGCCAGAAACAGCACGCCUUUGAGUGCAGUCGCUUAUAGCUUAGAUGGCGUAUCUACUUGGCACCUUUUCUAUAUCGACAACAACAAUCAACUCAGAGAAAAAAUCAAUAGCAACGCGACCAACAUAUGGAUAGAAGGACCUGUGACAAAAGGCAACUACACGGUUCUAGAUGCCGAUCAAGUAGGCAUGCAAGCUUGCUGGUACGGCAACGACUACGGCGAUGCCGACUAUAAACACAGUCCCCUGCCAAAUCAAGAUAACACCACUGCCAACAGCACCUCUGGCUCUGAUACGGACGUGGGUAUGCAUCUGUGGUAUGCUUCUGAUGCCUCUACCUUUCAGCAAUUAGGAUGGCGUAACGGCGACACCACCUGGACCCACCAACAAGAGUGGCCAGACAAAAAUGGACAUGCAGGCUUAGGUUGCUACUCCUGGGGUCCAGGUACGAGCACUUAUGUCAUGAUGGUGAACUCGCAGAUGACAACUGAAGUUUGGUGGAAAGACACCAAUACCAACACUUCGUCGACUGCCAAUCACCCAAUCAAUCAAUGGACAAACAGCUCGGCAGCCAUCAACAACGUCUUUCCCUCUACCAGUUUAGGCUACACCAACGCUUUCUACGCUCAAGGAGACGACGGCUGGAUUACAGGUUAUAACAUAAGUUGGGCAUCUGAAAACACCACCAUCGAGAAUAGCUUCCCAGUGAAUCAACCCGGCAUCCUCGGAACUCACAUGAGCGUCACGACUCUGCCAGAUCCAAGUGGAGGAGACAGUCUGUGUGUCUUUUAUCAGGAGAACGGAAGCGACGUCACCUUUGCAACUCGAGAUCUAAUUCAGGGUACCUGGACGGCGACAUCACUGCAAGUUCCCGACUCAUGA